UUUAAGAAGACAAUAUCGUUGAUGCCAAAAGCCCCUUCACCGAAACCUAUAUCAUCAACCCUCUUCUUCGAUCUGAACAUUAUACUCUCAACAACUCAUGCUUCCUUCAGCCCACAAGAUCUCCUUCAAAACCCUUCCAAUUGAACAAUUCCCAAUUCAAUUUUAUUUUCUGCUCAAAUUUCAUUGUUUCUUAUGUGAAAUAUAACGGAGUUGGGAUAGAAAAGGCAACAGGAAACUAAGGUUAUACUUGAAUUGGUGUCGAAUGGCGUCCCAGGGAUGGACGGAUGCCUACAGGGGCAUGUCCGCUGAUAAUAUCAAGGGCUUGAUAUUGGCCUUGUCUUCGAGUUUGUUCAUUGGUGCUAGCUUUAUUGUGAAGAAAAAGGGUCUCAUAAAAGCAGGCGCUUCUGGGACUAGGGCAGGAGUUGGAGGAUAUUCAUACUUAUAUGAGCCUCUAUGGUGGGUAGGCAUGACAACAAUGAUUGUUGGAGAGAUAGCUAAUUUUGCAGCUUAUGCGUUUGCACCAGCUAUCCUUGUCACUCCUCUUGGGGCGCUCAGCAUUAUAAUCAGCGCUGUACUUGCGUAUAUUAUUUUGCGGGAGAAGCUACAUCUUUUUGGAGUUCUUGGUUGUGCUCUUUGUGUUGUCGGUUCCACCACAAUCGUUCUACAUGCUCCUCAGGAACGCCCGAUUGAAUCAGUGGCCGAAGUAUGGGAUCUUGCUACGGAGCCAGCUUUUGUCCUAUAUGCAGUACUGGUGCUGAUAGCUGUUUUUAUAAUAGUGUUCCACUAUAUCCCAUUAUAUGGCCAGACACACAUAAUGUGCUAUAUUGGAGUAUGUUCAUUAGUAGGCUCUUUGUCGGUCAUGAGCGUGAAAGCUGUUGGCAUUGCUUUGAAGCUUACCUUUUCAGGAAUCAAUCAGCUACUAUAUCCUCAAACAUGGGGUUUUACCUUCAUUGUUCUCCUUUGUGUCAUCACUCAAAUGAAUUAUCUGAACAAGGCACUUGACACAUUUAAUACGGCUGUUGUCUCUCCCAUAUACUACACUAUGUUCACAUCUCUUACCAUCUUGGCCAGUGUGAUCAUGUUCAAGGACUGGGAUGGGCAGAGUCCUACCCAGAUUGUCACGGAACUGUGCGGAUUUGUGACCAUCCUCUCUGGGACCUUUCUUCUUCAUAAAACCAAAGACAUGGUUGACGGUUCGACAUCUUCACCAGGGCGACUACCCAAGCACAUAACAGAGGAGGAUGAGGAAGAUGGCAGGAGGCAAGAAGGCAUCCCUUUGAGACGGCAAGAUCUAACCGCGUGAGAUCUCCAUAAUCCAUUUUUUGUGUCGAUCUUGAUUCUUCCCUGAGGUUAGAUUCAUACACCACACUCAUAUCACAUUGUAUUUUUACCAAACAUUUGAUGCAUCCUCAUAUGGGUACAACAGGAAAGAAAGGAAAUUUUUUCGUUGGCGAAUUCUUUAGCUAGGAAGAAAUCACUUUUGGGCAACUUUCUCAUGUAAAUGUAAGCACAUUAGUUUAUACAAAGGCAUCAUUUU